AUGGGUUCAUUAAGUGACAUAGAUUUUGAAUCUCAUGUCACGCAACCCUCUAAGCGACGCAGGAUUAAUGGAUUUGAAUUGGAUGCUUAUCAAGUUGGAGCUAUCAUUAGGUUGAGAGUGAAAAACUUCCAGAACACAGGACUCAGUGAGUUCCAACUAAACCCACGGUUAAACUUUAUCGUGGGUCCAAACGGUAGUGGGAAAAGUUCAUUUGUGAAUGCCGUUUGUCUGGGAUUGGGUGGUAAACUUGAAUGGAUUGCCAAAGAACAGCUUCAGUUGAAAGAUUUCAUACGUAACGGCUGCGAUAAUUCGUUUAUUGAAAUAGAGUUUAAAGGUGCAGAAACAAAUGAAACCCUAACGGUUAGGCGAUCGUUUAACCUUACUAACAGAUCAACCUGGACUUUAAAUGGUAAAGAGACGACGGAGAAAAUGGUCAAGGAAAGGUGCAAAGAGCUGAACAUCCAGUUAGAUAAUCUUUGCCAGUUCUUGCCACAAGAGAGAGUUAGCAGAUUUUCAGAAUUGAAGCCUGAGCAGGUAUUAUACAACGUGCUUCGAUCAUAUGGAAACGGUGAGCUUUUAGAAGAUCAUAAGCAGCUUAUUGAGCUUGAGAAGGAGCAAAUAAAUGUCUCUCAACAAAUCAAAGAAGCAAUUACAACCAUCGAGGAAUUGAAAACUCAAAACUUACGACUCAAGGAUCAAGUCAGUAGGUACCAAGAAUACCAAAAAAUCAAGGAUAGUAUCAUGUUACAUCGUAAUUUGAAACCCUUCGUUGAGUUGGAGGAUUUAGCCCUUGAAGCUAAAGAGUAUCGAACAGAGUAUCACGAAAAGAAGAAGGCAUUUCAAGAGUUCACUGAUCAUAUAAAGGAAAUAACUGAACAGUUUCAGAACAAAGACGACUUGUAUAUUGAAUGCGAAAGAGAAGUUAGAGAGUUAAAAGGCCUGAUUGAUGAACAGCAGCAAAAAGUGUUCAGCCUUGAAAAGAAGCUCGAGAGUUAUGAUGACCAAAUUGACAAAUGGGAGGGAGAGAAGCCUUCCAUGCUACGUAAAAUUGAGGGAAACAGACAACAAUUGCAAGAUAUAAAGGUGGCUUUGAAGGAAUCCAUGGAUGAGAUGCAAUCCUUAAUGAAGGAAAUCAGCACAGUAGUAUCCAAUCCUGCUGAUUUAGACACAAAGCUAAGAGAAUUACAUGACGAAAGAAAGAGAAUAUCGGCUCGUGAAAGUCAGGUCGUAGUAAAGCUACAAGAUAUUGAAAGGACAAAACAAAGAGAACUGAAGGACCAAGAAGAUCAAGUUAAAUCUGAUGAACAAACUCUAUCUAAAAUUCGUUCAGAUAAAAUAUUCUUAUUAGACCAAUCGAAUGAAGUUGAUCUCAAACGAGCAGUUCUUUUUUUUAGGGAAAACAAGACCAAUUUAAGUCUGGAUGGGAAAAUUUUUGAGCCUGCUAUCCUUUCAGUCAAUGUUGAUGAUCGUUUUGCAACUCAUCUUGAGAAAUGUGUGCCCAGAAAUACUCUUCUUGCAUUUACGUGUGUGGACACCAAGACUUUGAAAUAUUGUCAAGAUAUCUUAAGAAACAGAGUCAAGGUCAACGUGCCUUUGAGAGUGGUACCUUCGGAUCCAAGAAUUCGUAAUCGUCUAACUCAUGAACAAUUGAAAGAAUUUGGUUUUAGUGGGUACUUGAGUGAUUUCAUCACAGGGGAACAGGCUGUUGUUGAUAUGUUAAUUAGUAAUGCGUUUCUGGACGUGGUGCCAGUCUCAUUAACAAAUUUGGAACCCAAAAUUCUGGAGAAACUUUCCUUAAAGGAUGCCCAGGGUAAUAUUCGGUUCCGAAACAUUAUGGAAGGUAGACAAUUUCACGAACUGCGUGUUUCUUCUUACGGAUCAAAACAAGUAUUCUCCAAGGUGAGUUUCAUCAACGAUAAACCCAGGUGGUUUACCGCUCCUGUAGAUAUGGACAGAAUAUCUCGCCAACAACAGAAGCUGGAAAGAGAACAAGGUCGACUGAAGCAACUUCAGGAAGAAUAUGACGAACUGGAACGAAAUAGACCUAGAUUGAAAGAAGAAUUGGAGCAACUGACAGCUUCAAAAGCAGCAGUCUUGAAAUCAAUAGCUCAAUUCAAGAAACUCAAGACGAGGCAUGAGCAGAUUUCACAGAGCGUUCAAUGGCAGACUGACCAAGUAAAGAAACUUCAAUCGCACCUCUCUCAUGAUAGAUUUAAAAGGUUCAAUGAGUUGAAUCAAAAGAUAUCUGAUACAACGUGGAAGAAAGUUGAACACUUACGACAAAUCAAACACUGCAUUGAAGCACUACAUGAUUUAAAAACUCGCCUGGUUGUCAAAGAGUUGAAGCGAAUAGAGGAGAAAAACAGGAAGUUGGCCCUAGAGAAACUCAAUGAUGAGAUAUUGGCGCAGGUACAAAGCAGGAAAAAUGCAACAGAAAAGGCUUUGGAUGAGUACUCCAAACGUAGGUCAGUAGUGAAGGCUAAGCAAAAGGAACUCCAAAAACUUGUCGUAGAACUAGAACCUUCUUUGAAAGAAAAGCUUGGUAAGUUAACAGAGAAUUUGAAAAAGAAAGGGCAAUUGACCAUGACACGUUUAAACCAUCAGAUUUCGAUGUUAGAUGCUCGGUUGCCCAAUGUUGGGUCUUUCAGCGAGGCAUCAACUCAAAAACUGCGACUUAAUGAAGAUAAAAUUGCUCAAUUGGAGGAAUUAUUGCCCAAUUGGAAUAGCACUUUGGAAUCGCUAAAAGCUAAGUUGACUAGUAUUGAAGAUGUUUGGGUACCAAAACUGGAAACCAUAGUUAACCAACUAUCUACCAAGUUUACGAAGGUUUUUCAUUUCAAUGGCAGAGAAGGAGAAAUUCAUUUAAUUAAAGGCAAGACUUUCAGUGAAUGGAAGAUCCAUCUAGUUGUUAAAUUUACACACAGCCAGGUGUCUAGUGUCUUUAGUAGUACUCGACACUCGGGAGGUGAGAAAUCAUUCACCACUGCAAUGUUCCUAUCUACUUUACAAAGUUUUACGCAAUCGCCAUUUAGAAUAGUUGAUGAAAUAAACCAAGGACUGGAUGAAACGGCAGAGGCUUAUGUGCAUAAGCUGAUCAUUGAGACAUCCUGUUACGAUAAAGAAGAUGGAACUAACCCCACUCAAUAUUUUCUAAUUACACCCAAACUGCUAACAAAUCUGACUUACCACCGCAAUAUGAGUACUCACUGUAUAUUUUCGGGGAGAUGGUAUCAUCAAAGUGGAAAUACUCUGGGAAAAGGAGUUGCUUCAAGAUAUGUGGAACAGUCCCAAAUAUAA